AUGAAGUGGUUUCCAAGGAUACGUACAAGCGUAGGGCAUUAUUUUCUGUUAGUUUGUUUGCUACUUUGCCAAGCAUCAACUUUAGCCCAGGAAUGUCCUUCCUACGGUUGUUCAUUGACACCAUUGGACGUUUAUUAUUCGACAGAACAUUAUGAUGCGCUUGCCAUUCUCCGAUCGGAGACGGCUUCUGCGGAAGAACAAAAACAAGCCUUGCACACGCUGUCACCAGCUGGAGAUGAUCACAAGACAACACUGACACUCAAGAGUUACAAAGGCGGAGAACCCGAGGAACAAGUCAAUCAAGAUGCCGCCAUGGUCCACUCUCCGUUUCUUCUCGAAGGAUACGAGGAACCCUCGCAAUUGCUGGGAGUCUUUGAUGGGCAUGGAGAUGGGGGUGAAAUUACAUCUCUGUAUGCAGCCAAGACUAUUCCGAAAUUGUUGGCUUCCAAACUAGCCAGCAUAGAUUUGGAAGACUCCGAUGCCAUUCAAACAGCCAUUACAGAGACCUUUGUCCAAGUGGACCAAGAGGAUCCAACAGAAGGGGAAGGAGGAUGCACGGCCACCAUGAUUCUGCAAUUGAAUGAUUUGCUGUACAUUGCCAAUGCUGGCGAUAGUCAGUCGUUUGUGACUGUUUUCAUCAAGGACGAAGCCGUUGUAGUCUACGAGAGCCGAGAAGACAAACCCGAGUUGGAAGAAGAAAAGGCACGCAUUACUGAAGCUGGAGGCUAUGUACACAUUACUGCAGACGACUCGGAUGUUCCUCGAGCAUAUGCUGUUCAUCCAGAUGGGACCAUCGGGACUGGUUUGGCGAUGUCUCGUUGUUUGGGAGACUGGGAAAAUCAAGGGGUGAUUGCCGAGCCCAUUAUUGAUAUACUGAACAUUACAGAGGUUAUUAAUUCCGCCUUGGAGUAUCACGAAGAUGCUUGCAAGGAGAAGGAUCCAUCAGACCCUAUGUGCCAGACGAAACUGACCCGAGACGAUGUUCAUAUUAUGGGAGCAUCCGUUUCAGAUGGAAUCAUUGACUUUAUGGAGACUGGUGAGGUGGCUGAUAUCAUGGCACCCGCUUUUUUCACAGGGGGUUCCCGCCAUCCGCACCUUGCAGCUGAGGAAGUAGUGUAUACUGCUGGAAUGAUGUGGGAUAAAGUCUACAACAACAGCUAUCGCGAUGACGUAACGAUAGCUGCCACCAAGGUAUUCGUGGGCGGCAAGACGUCUCAUGAAUAUUCCGGUGGCGAACUGUAG